AUGGAUCUUUUGUAUAAAAGGCCCCCGUUUAGCCCAAGCGCUACCUUCAUUUUGCUGACCGUCCAGAGAUUUGAGCAAGCUCGGCAGAUCCUGGCGAUUGCGAUGACCAAGUCAGCGACGACCAUGUCAGCUCCAGGCAGCUCUACAGGACGGGGACAGAGGAUGCGUCUUCGGCUGACAAUGUCCCAGUUGGUGAAAGCCAUCAAGAAGCUCAGCAAUCAACGCGGCUACUCGCUCACCUCCAUCCGCAACCGCUUGUGCCGCGACGUUGGCAAAUACUCCAUAGACCAGAUCAACUCGGCGCUUCAACGAGCCAUCCAAGCCGGACGGGUAAAGGAGAUCACGGAAGACCGCUUCAGUCUGAUUCGCCACAUCAACCAGCUGUCCUCGCAAGCCUCCUCCUAUGCGGAGUCGCAGGCUUCCACGAGCAGAGAGUGCAGGAUGAGAAGAGGUCGUCAAACUUCUGGUUCACGCAAGACCACGUCUAAUCAGAGAAACAUACCAGGAUUCCGCCUUCGGCUCGUAGAGGAUAAGCCCUCCAGACGUAGAAGGCGCGUGCUACCGUCUGGUCGUGCGGCUAGCACGAAAAAACGACAGCGACGGCAGCAGAAGCAACAGCAACAGCAGAAGCAGCAGCAGCCCAAGCAGCAGAACCGGCGACGGCGCUCCAUGCGUAAUGAGGCGGCCAGCGCCCGCAACGGCUUCUCUGACAGCGUGCCUCCUUCAAACCAACCAUCUCGUCAUGCGGCUCGGAGCAAGAACCGACGGCAACAGCAGCCCAAGCGUCCGCAGCAGUGCCAGCGACAGCGCUGCAUGUGUUAUGAGGAGGCGGCCGCCAGCUGCGAUGAAUGCUCAUCUGAGGGCGAAGUGAAUGAUCAUGACAGUGAUGUGUCCGGUGCCGACGAUUGUCGUGAUGAGGAACAAUGA